GGGGGGGGGGGGGCAGCUAGCUUGGUGUGUUGUUCCCAGUGAGCACAACAACCAAACACACCUAAUAUCAACGUGUACCAAUGCACCAAGUAUCUUGAUUUAGUUUAGACGUAGUAACUUCCAAGCUGCAGUUUAAUGUCAAGAUGUGGAUCAAUAAGUUAUGAAAAGUUAUGUUCAUAUUAAUUGUGAUAUUUUAUGAAAUCACAGAUUUAUUUGUAUAUAGCAGGAAUAUAGUAUUUAAUGACAUCUCAGCUGUUUGUAGAUUAUUGGUUUUGUUAUUUUUGAGUCUCAGUUCUAAAAAGCUUUUAUGGGCUUGAGUGAUGAAGUGUGUUUUUUAAAAUAAAGGCUGUAAAUAAAAUUUAAAAAAAAACUGGAAAUAUGUUGUAUUAUCUGAAGAUGAGUUGAUUUGUUAGUUUGUUUGAUAUUUUUGAGUUUGCGUGUCGUUGGCAUUUAACAAGCAGACUGAUGUUAACGCAAGACAAAGAUGCUUUGGGUCCUCAAGCCACCAACCAACAAACCCCUAACCUUCUGCACCGAGCAGCAACGAGAGAUGAGUUUACUUUUGACUUUUACUUUGAAGAGUAUGACAGGAAACACUGUUUUUGUAUGUGCAGUUUAAAGGGUAUCAUCAGAACCUCAGUCAGAAAACCAGCUAAAAGAAAAUAUACCAUGUGUUGAGACGUGAUGCAGCAGCAGGAGAAUCUCCCCAAUGACGGAUGGAGCAGAUCCUCCAGAAGUUAAAAGGUUAACAGCUUCCCCCUUUUUUAUGAAUGGGACACACACACACUGUGACGUCAUCAACGAGCUCCUCCCCCACCAAUGCGGGAAAAACCUCACGAGGAGGGGGAGAGAGAGGUGUCCUCGUGAUUUUUGUAUGUCUCUCUCCCUCCCUUUAGAGGGGAGGAGGGAGCGGGGGAGACUACACACCCCCCUACGUGCAUCUGACGAGGGAGGAGGAGGGAAGGGCAACGCAGCAUCAGCAUCAUCAUCAGUGAACGUUUGGAACGAGAAGGACGAACAUUUAAACCCUCUGAGCUUAGUCCCCACGGAGAUGACUAAUUCCUGGGCCUCUAUGCGCUGACUGCACCGGGGGGGGUUUCUGUGCUGGGAGCGGUGCUGGAUAAUUGCUGGAAUGAAGAGGGAUGGAGAGCAGACUGUUCAUUUGGGGCGUCGUUGACUAAUCCAUGGAUGACACCAAACUAAUCCAUGAAUAAUAGCUUAAUCGUGGGAACAGACUACGUGCUGAUCAGCAAGCGCCCUCUUGAAAUAUUCAUUCUGCUCCAACCAACCAGCUGAUCAGACCACCUGCCACUCCUCCACAUGUGGUGCUUCAGAGGCUGGGAUCUGGCUAAUAUCUGGAACAACUGACAGCCCCUUCCAGAUCCUACACUACCUGCGACUACAGCUUCCUCCUGGGACAAGGUUAAUCUCUGGAUCUGGGUGUCUGGCAUGUUCUGCUUCUGCCUAAAGAGUUCUCUGCUGAAGCUCCAGGCGCUGGAGGUCGAGGGAGGCGCCUCUCUGGAUCCGUCCCCAGAGGAGGGCUCUCCUGCUCGAGGCAGCAAGGAGAAGAAGAGCCCCUUUGGCCCCCCGGAGCUCCGGGGGAAUGAGGGGAAGACGCCGGCUCUCUGCCACGGUGUCAUCUCUGACGAGAACAACCUGCCAGAGCGGCUCACAGUUCUAACUAGACGUCCACCGUUAACUUUCAUGCACCCUGGGGAGCAACCCCUGAUUCCUGACGGAGCUGUGCCCCCCAGCUAUGAAGGGGAGGUGGGAGGGGAAGGGGGAAGUGGAGCUCUCCUCCAACUCCUGUCUGGAGGACCAAGUCCUCUUCCCUCGCCGCGCUGCCUCACCCCCAGCCAGAGGUUCAACUCUGACCCUGAGACGGCCCCGUCACCCCCCUGCAGCCAGCAGUACAUGCGGUGUCAGGCUCGAGACUGGUCUGAGGUCUCAGAGGAGCCCUCCUGUCCAUCGUCCAUCUCCUUCCUCACCAGACAGAUUCAGACCUUGAAGAAGAAGGUCAGGCGGUUUGAGGAUCAGUUUGAGCAGGAGAUGAACUACAAGCCGUCCCACAUCGAUAAAUACUCCAACCCGGAGAUGAUCCGCGUGAUGGGGGACCUGGCCACGGCUCGGCGACGUCUCAAAGAAAUGAGACUCAGACAGUCGGUGUUCGAGUGCAAGGAGCCGGAAGCUCCAGAGAACUCCUGCAGGUCGGGCCAGGAGGUGGAGCACCCCCCUUCUCUGGAGGACACGGUGGAAGUUCUUUUCAGACGGCUGAGGGAGAAGAGGCAGGCGCUGGGCCUUCCAGACAACAUGAAGGACAUGACGCAGGCUCAGAUGGUGCUGGAGAAGAUCACUCUGCAGAAGUGUCUGCUCUACUUUGAGAGUCUUCACGGCCGACCGGCAGCGAUGCAGAAGAACCUGGUGAAGCCUCUAUAUGACCGAUACCAGAUGAUCAAACGUUUGCUCUGCAGCAGCCCGACUAUCGGCACCAUAGAGGAGGAGGAUGGUUCUGAUGACGACUCAAUGAGCUUGGCGGUCCAUGAACUGCCCGACCCGCCUCCUUGCACAACUGGACUGACGGACGGCGACCCGGCCUUUGUUUCCCCGCUGGACGAGGUGAAGGCCAUCCACCAGCAGACCUUUGUUGCCACAGCUAACCUGCAUGAGGCCUCCAGGUCUCAGCUGCUGAAAUAUAUCCGGGAGACGAGGGCCGAGAAGAAGUUGAAGCGUAAAGCUCUGAGAGAGUUUGAGGACAUGCAUCACCGUCAAACUGGACGAAUGUGCCAGAAGGAGGAUCGCAGUCCGAUGAAGGAAGAGUACCACGACUACAAGCAGCUCAAGGCCAAACUGCGGCUGCUGGAGGUUUUCCUCAGCAAACAGGAAGUCACCAAAAUCAUGUGACCCCCUCACAUGGUUCUGGUGACUUCUAAAUGCAUGUUAGCUGAGCCCAUUCAGCAUGUUAAGGUAGCAUGUUCACAUUUAUAUGGCCCUGUAUCUUUUUUUGCAUUUGUGACGUUCUGUAGACUUCUGUAAAUGCCCUGAAAGACAGAGACGUCUCCGUGGAAACCGGUAAACCAGCAUCCUACAGUGUGUAUUUAUCUAUUUAUUUACCUGUUCCAGUCCACAGAGACGAGGAAUACAGCUUCAGAGGGGACUGUAAACUUACACAACAGACUUAAAUAUUUGUUUUAUACCAAACUAAAUGUGUGUGUGUCCAACUUGAAGCACUUUGAAGACAGAUGACGUCUCAGCCUCCCCCUGAAGUGUGUGGAGAUGCUCUGUGUAAAUGAUUGUUUUUCUGCAUGUUGAGCGAUGAAGACUUCUGUAUCAGAGCACUUCUUUUCUAUCGAAUGUCCUCGAGUGGUCAGUGGAGGAGGACGCAGCUCAGGACCUUGUUUCAGAGGUUAGAUGGCUCUGACGAACAUGAAGGGACACUCGAUUCAGUCUACUUGUUCUUCACAUCGCUGGGUUGGUGCUGACAGACACUUGGUCAGCCAAUCAGAUCGAGCUGGAGGCGGGCUUUACUAGUAUGGGAGGAGAUUCUUGUCUCAUGUUGGGAUGAAGUGAGAGACAGCUCCACUCAUCUCACUUUCUUUACCAAAUCUAUUGACCCUUUACUAAGCCCCGCCCCUUUAAACUCAUAGCGUAGCAUGGUUCUGCUGCACAGACGGACCAAGUCUGUAGUUGUGUGUUGGUUCACUUUUCUUUGUCUUUUGAUCUUUUUACAGUCUAAAAGUUACCUGGAUGUAUCCCCACGUCCUCAUCUCUCAGUACAUGAGCGGGGCUAAAGAGAGACGUUACCUGAAUGUAACCCUGAGGAUCUGAAUUCUGGACGGUCCGUCAUGUGAUGUUGUGAUGUUGUUAUUAUCUUCUCCAAAAGUUUCUAUCCACACGAGUUUCGCAAUAAAUAUUUUUGGU